ACCGGCUACAUUUACGUCAAAUCACCACAAUAUCGGAAAUCAUUCAUUUAAUCACACGGAGACGGGAAAGGACGUAGAAGGGAGAUAUUCUUGUAUGUCCGAAUAUCUCAUACGCUGGUUUCGGGAGCUUCCGGUAUGAACGAAUGGCGGUUUUGCCCGAUCUAUAUCUAUCACUUGAACAAGACAAUCACAAGAAGCUUCACAAAUUGCUGGUAGGUGGCGCGGACGUCGAUUAUUUGUUUGAGGACGAUGGACGUUUGAGCGGGAAAUCCCUACUUCAUUUGUGCUGUGAAAAAGGACGUGUAGAGUGUGCAAAGCUUCUUAUAAGAAAUGGGGCGGACAUUAACAUCCGUGACAGAUGGGGACAGACCCCCUUAAUGCACUGCAUCAUUGCCAGAAAUCUUGAUCUGGCCAAAUUUUUGUUGUCAUGGAAAAAGUCUUCUGUGAGGUGUCAGGACAAGUUUGGUAAGACUGCACUACAUUUUGCAGUGGAAGAAGGUUGUGAAGAGGCUGUGAAGUUGUUAUUGUGGUAUGGAAGUGAUAUAAAUGCGAGCACUAUGUGUGGAUUGACCCCUUUAAUUAACUUAUGCUCUCAGCCACCGUACCCACACCAAAUAACCCUUCUGGACGUACUUCUCACAUCCGGGGCUGUUGUCAAUAUGAGGGAUUUUCGAUGUAAGAGGUCAGCUCUUCAGGUGGCAGCACUGCAAAGGAACAUCAAAGUCGUAGAAAAGCUUCUGUCAUGGGGAGCUGAUCCGAACUCUCUGGAUAGGGCAGGCCGAAGCGCCUUGACGAACGUCAUCAGUGAGUGUUUACAUGCUUACGAAAUAAACCGCGAGAUUGACCCUGACGUCAUGACCGUUAUCGUCCAAUUGACCCAGGCGGGUUCUGAUCUCAACAUUAACAAGUGUAAAUGUAGCAACCCGCUCAUAGUCUCAACGUUCCUCAAGGUGGAGCCACUGGUGCGAUUCUUUUUGGACAACGGCGCAUGUCCGGAUGUUACAUUCCAGUCUGGGAUGACGCCUCUAUUGGUGGCUGUCAACAAAGGCGACGCCGCGGUAACACGUGCCCUUAUCUCACAUGGAUGCCGGAUGGAUGUUCGUGGCAGGAUUACGCGAAGACCCGAUGAGGAAGUGUACAUGGACCCAUUCGAGUUGGCAAUCGAGAACGCGUCUUGGGAUCUCGUGAAGUACAUGGUGUCAGCAGGUUACCACCCUUCAAACCUCGCUUAUCUGCGAUCUUGUAGUCCAGCCAUUGCACUUCCAACCUCACUCCGUAUCAAUAAGGAAAUGUUGGUCUUCCUCAGGAAGGCUGCCUCCCAACCAACCAGCCUGUUCCAGUCAACUUUACUGAUGAUCUGGCGCACACUUGGUUCGGAUCUACCAAGCAAAGUUCGCUUGUUAUCUCUUCCAUCCUCUCUGAAGUGUUUAAUAAUGUCAGAGGCGUUUUUGUCAAAAUAUUAAUAAAUUAUUAUUUCUCAAAA